AUGGCAUCGUUGACGCAGACGCCGCUUCCUGGGCUCCAGCAUAGGUCACCGUAUGGGGCAUCAAAUGCGCCACCACAGACUCCAUUCCGGAUCCCCCAGCAAGCUAUCGCUCCCGGAUUCCCACGGUCACACUCGUUAGCAUUAUCGAAUUCUUUUACAACAGAGACAAAAAAGAAUCACUAUAACGGAGUUGAGAAGGAAAAGGCAGACAAGCCACCCCAUGUUCCAUACACACCAGUGGCAGGAGCUUCUCGUGUCCCGUCGAACGACGUUGGUAGAAAGGCACCGCUCAUGAAAGAUUCACCCAUGGAAGAUCCCUCAACUAACGGGUUGCGGAAGUUGGCCAUGGUGGAGCAAGCACGAUCAACCAGGGAACCAACAGCGCCCGAGGGUCCAGCACAACCCGACGCUAUUAUACCGAUACCUAAACCGAGUGUCCGUGGACAGGGCUCGUUGAAAAGAAGCCACCCUAAUCAGAACAGUAGCCGUAGUAAAAUCUCUCGCAAGGUAUCGACCAGCAAAGACCAUAUUAAGGAUAACGAUUUGGACGCCGACGGUGAUACCGACGAAGAGUACAUGCCCACGAAAUCUCCAAACCAAGCAACACACGUUUCGCCUACGUCCAUUGUAUCCAUAAAUAAAAUAAAAUCCGGGUCAUCCACGACCAUGGCAUCUACACAUCAGCCAACAGCCGAAUCAUCGACGCCCGUAGAGCCUGCGCCUCUGCGUCCAAGAUACACAUACGUAACAGCAGCCAAGCUUGUAGGCACAGAAAAAGCCCUCGGUCCAAACUGGAAUAAAUUCGUCCGCCUAGUAGAAGAUCUGGUAUUGGAAAAAAUCUCAACACGCCAAUUUGAAGCACAGGCAAAGAUUAUGUUCGCAAGUUCGGAUGCUCUCCGCAAUCACAUUGUUGCAAUUAUCAUUAACGAGAUGAUCUUGCCCAAGAUGGAGGAAGAUAGGCUGCUCCAGCUUGAGGAUCAGGGACAAGAAUAG